CGUACGAGUGGAUAUCCAGAGGGAACGGGGCGGUGUCGCACGUGCCGGGGAUCGAUGGUGUUCACUGGGGAACAAAGCGGGUCCCCGUUACAGAUGAUGCCUUGUCUUUGUAUUUACUUUUUACCCUUGUAGCCCUUCAUAAAGCUGUUAGAUUUCAACUUGGCCAGUCCCAAGUGUGUCCGUGUUUGUGUACUUUGUGUUCACUGUAUCCAUGUUUUCAUCAACGUUGAGGACGGCUGUGUAGGUGCUGCCAUCCUUCACGGUGCCCAACUGCAAGAGCUGGGUUCACUUGCAGAGGAGGAUUUUUACUGUGGCCUUUCCUAUAUACACUUUGAAUUGGAGCCGGUAUUUAAGCAAACCAUUGCUCUUCAGCUGGAGGAGCCUGAAAAUAGAGGUGACAGUUGUGAAACACCCUUUUUACAGGGAACUUCAUUGCUUUAUUUGUGAGAAGGUGAAGCCUCUUGAUUUCAGGGGAGAGAUUUUAAAUGAACUUGUGGAAAGCUCUUAGCAAGGGGUAUGUAGCGUGUGUUGUGAAUCGGGUUAUUCGCAUGGCUGUAAAGUUAAAUAAAAAACAAGGGGAACAUGUAACACAUCAGAAUAUUGACUCAAAUCCUAGAAAUUGGAAGCAGAAAUACUUUAGCUUGAUGCAUUUCUUAUGAAAGUGGUGGUUACUGGCUUAAAACCAGUGCAGAGAUUUGUUUGAGCCAUAGGGUGAGAACACAGGUAAAGAACCUGUCACCUCCUGGUUUGCAGGACGGUGUGGGGUGACCCUGUGAGAUACAGGGCUGUGGUGGCGUUUUCUUAUGCUUAACUGAACCAAGUGUAUAUAGAUACUUACGACGGAAUUAAUAAGCUAUUUCAUAAAUAGCCCAGCGUUCUCUGAGAGUUGUUCAGGAAAUGAAUAACACUUAUGUAAUGUGAACGGAAUGAAAGGAAAAUCUCUUAGCGUUAGAGGAGGGAAAAUCAAGCUUCACUCUGCAAUCCUUUGGAACCAACUGUGCUAAGAAACUAGAUCACUGCAAAUGUGCAGUUCGUGCAAAAGUGUGUUUUGAGAGCACAUCUCAAUACUCUUUAAAGAGUGUUGUAAGAUGUAUUUGAAGUAUUACCGGAGUCAGUAGUGCUCAUUUUCAGGUGUGGCCAGAAAGAGUUUAAACUGUGUGUUUGCGUUUCUCCAGCCAUGGUUUAAGCUUCCUUUUCCUCGGUGAGCACAGGUGUGCUGUGCCCAAGGAAAGGGGCCCUUGUCUCUAGAUUGAAGGGAGGUGUGUCACAGGUUUGGUUGGGUUUGUUUGUUGCAGUCAGUGCAGGGCUGUGCUUUCCUUGCCCUCUUCGCGGUUCGUUUGCUCGAGCUGCCCAAAACAAGCUCAGCUGGUGGUGAACCUUGGUGUUUUCUCGCGGGUGGUGAUCUUUCUUCCCAUCAGAACGUUUUGGCUGUGAACUACUGAAGAGGCCACAGCUCCGGAGUCCAAGAACUUGGCUGGCACUGCUUAGUGAUCUUGUACACGAAUUAAACCUCAGCAGCAAGAGCCGCGAAGGUCUGGAUUGGAGUUAGGAACCAGGGGUUGACAAAUUCUGGGCUUCGCCGCUCUCCUGGGGUGACAGCCUGCAAACAGCCUUGGAAAAGGCUUUUCAUCUCUCCUGGGGACCCUCGGGCGUUUUACUGGUCUAUUUUAUUUGUGCUUUAACCCCUAUCCCUAUACUAAGACCUUUUCAGUUGUUCACUGUAACGCUAUGAUUUUACUUUGCGGCAGUCCCACACGCCUUUAUGUGGGUCACGUAUUCCUCCUCCUCUGUAUUGGUGUAGGAUUCCCAGUUAUUUCCAUAUUCAUGGAGCUCAGUAACUCCUCAGCCAACUGAACCAGGCAGUUGAAUUGAAACUCAAUGUGUUUUCCACUCCAGGAGUAAUUUAAUCAGGGAGUAAGCGCAUUACUUGUUCAGAGCGCAGAGCUGUGUGCUCUGCAGCACAGAAGAGCACCCUUAUUGCAAAGGUUUAAGCAUUUCAUGCCGUUUUGUGCCUCUGCAACUUGCAGCAUGGCUAAGGGUGCUGUCUCGAUGUCUUCUCUGAUGGGCACCAUUCCAAUGUAAUCAGUUACAGGAGGUUUAGAAAAGAGGAUGAAUGAGCUGUGCGACUGUAUUUAUAUCAUAUGAGACCGAGUUUCAAAGCUGCUGGGUCCUGCGUGAUCCUUCAUCGCUGGUAUUUGUUUUACAGAAGUGCUCGUGGAACAGAUUAAAUCUAGUUCUUUGGUUUCCAUCGGGACUCUCAUCCCAGAGUUUAAAAAUCUUUGAUAUUGGUACAUUCCCACAAAAAUCAGUCAGCUUUGGCAGGACAGCAAAGGGGGGGGAAGCCUUGAGGCAGUCCUUGCAUCCGUCAUCUUCAUCUUUCUUGACUCACCUUUAUUGUGUCUUUCAGAAAUCAUCUGUGAAUUCGAAGAAUUAGAGCCAAAUCAUGUCCGCAGUUCCUCUCUGCUCAGCACGUAGCACCGUUAGGGUUUGUGAUUACAUUGUCUGACUCUUGAGGAAAUCUAUUUAACUGACAUUUUAACCUGGGACAUGUGUUGGAAGCUUUCGUAUUGGUAUAGAAAACAAGAAAGUAAAGAGGCCGAAGUGUCCCAAUGCCUGGUGAGAAUGGUGCCGUUCCAGAAGAAGUGGGAAAAGUCAUUGAGGAAGUGCAUGUUUAUAGGAAAAAGCAGUGAAGAGGAGCUAAAUGUAUCCACGUGUAAUACUCUGAAAAUCAUGGUUAUGUUGUCUGCCGCACCUUUGCGCUCUACCUAGAAGGCACAGAAGCAGCGGUGUGGAGAGGUUUGUGUCACAGCUGCCGCUGACUGCUGUUUGCAGUAGGAAAUAAUCAUUUGUAAAUCCCUUUAGGUAGCUUUGGGAGUUACCGAGGUCAUCAGUGUGGUUCCCUUGUGUGAUCCGACAAGCUGCGGGGUCUGUGUUCUCGGUGUUGCUUUAAGUAGUGGGACGGAGGAGCUUUGUUCAGCGUAUUUUACACAGGGCACAGGGAAAUAUGCCUUGGCAGUUUUGUGUUGCACUAGAACUAGUGCUGCCUGUUAGAAAUGCUCUUCUUCUAGUGUUGUGUCUUCAUUUCCUUAACUCCUUGGGGAACUUCCCUUUACGAAGGAAAAACUUAACAGUGACCAUCACGGAAAUAUCAUUUUUGGGAGCGUAAAUUGCCCUGUCCUUUAGAAAGCUUUCUCGUUUUCCUCAGUAAUGGAUAGAAAUGUUUUCUGGCUGAGACUGAGCAGGAAACGGGGAAACCGGGGUCUUUAAGAUCGCAUGGGUUUUGCUAUAGGAAGUGUUGAGCGUGAGCAGGCUGGGCUGUGGGGCUGCAGGUCUGCAGUGGGUGUGGUGGAGGCGUUUUCUGGUGGUUCUGUGCGCUUUUUGGCAGCCUUAGGACAGACCCGACUCGUGAACACAGCCGCGCCGGGCCGGUGUGGGGCUGGGCUGGGAAAGGGCUGCCUUGCCAGGACUUGUGAGCGGCUGAACUUGGUACGUUUGCGAGCAGUGGAGCUGCUGCUGGGAGAUGCAGCACUGCGUGGGCCUCCAGUGAGGGCUGCUUUCGGGGAAUGAGCCUUGGCUUGGAUUCCUCUGCAACAGGAGGCUGCCCAAAAGCAGGUUUUUCUGCCCAUCACUGUGAGUUGUCUCUACUUUUGGCUUCCUUUGCCUGGAUAUUAGGGACCCGUAUCUAGAGGGACCCUCACAUGCAGUUCAUCAGCUGAAGAAGCUGCUUCUCAUCUCUCUCAAGACCGUGAAACCUUCUUUCCCGUGCUCACGGAUGUAGAGGGGCCCAUCCUAUGGUGGUGUUGUCUGUAGCUAUAUCCCUAAACCUCCCACUUAGGAAGGAGAGUGAAUUGCACGGAGCAUCUCAUCUGGAAAUCAAGGAGAGCGGUAGAGCUUCCACCGGGCAAGAGGUGCACGUGUCAAAAUAGCCGCCCUGAGGGUGUGCCCUUCGGAAAGCAAGGACGUGCAGAAUGGGACAUCCCAGCCAAGGUAUUUGCUUCUCUCUGCCCCCGUGUGACAGAUGGAUGUGAGAUUCCAGAUCUGCCAGCAGCUGGGGAACCUUGUGUGCAGCUGCGAACACACACAGGGUUGUGUUUUAGGCUCCUAAUAUUGAAGGCUAAGACGCGAUUCCGGAGGAGUUCUGAUUUCAAGGUAUUUACCAUUUUCUUACUCCUUUUUCCCCUGGCCUGGAGCCAUAGUUUUUACCAUAUUGAAAGUUGCUGGGUGGAUUGCCAGCACCGAUGUGCAUCUCUUUGGGGGGAAUGAGGACACUCUGCGCCACUAUCUGCUAUUUUCAUACCCACUGGGGCCCCAACUGGACCCGACUUGCCCUGUGCAAGGUGUUGAGCAGUACAAAACAUCAUUGUUCUGGACAAGUUUGCUGUGUAGAGAUACAAGACGGGCAGAAAGAAGACACAGAGUGGUAGGAAUGCGCACAGCUUUGGUGUGGAGCAGAACCCGCUGCCCGGAGCUCGGCCCUUCCAAAGGGAGCGCGGCGAGAUGGCACAUGGAGUGGUUGGCUCUGCCCCACGGAUGAUGACGGCAAUAUUCGCUACUCAAAGCUGGGACGAAAUGGCUUUAUUUAUUUAACCACGUUCGCAAUAGAUUCUUACCCCUUUUUUCUUUUAUCCACAGAUGACUUUUAUGUCUGUAUGCCGCAUUUUGCUGUUCUGUAGUUAGACUUGUAGUACUGCAUGUAUACGCGAUUCCUCAGCUAGCAAGCAGCUUGUUAACUCACAUCAGUGCCUGGCCCUUGCAUUUCCUAUAUUUAGAGCCGUUGAUCCAUUUUGAGGUAGGUGAUCUGGAAUAAAGCAGAAGCAGGUCCAUAAAACCAACAGGGGGUGGUCAAGAGCAUCUGUUUUUCUAUAUUUUUUCCCUUUUGUGCUGAGCGCAUCUGGGGUGAGUUGGAUUUGCUGGAGUCGCACGGUGCUGUUGACAGACAAGGUGGUUAAGUUAACCAGGUAAACUCCUCGGGCUCCCAUCGGGAAUGUGGCUCUUGCUGUGAGCAGGUGGAUUUGGGGAGAUAACUCAGUAGCCAGUGCAGUGCCUGACACGGGUAACAGGGAUAUCUCAGCGUGUGGGUUUUUUACUAAGAGUAAAUGGGAGAGUCCUGCCGGGGACUGUAUCUUGCCCCAGUGGGGUUAUCCACAAGAUGAUAAUCUUUGCACUUUCCCGUUAUUUGUGAAGGAAUGCUCUUUUCUUGAUCCUAUUUGACUGGAACUUAGCAGAAGGGGUUGCAGAGGUACCGAUGAGGAGAGCAGCUGUUAGAAAUGGUGUCUGCUGAAAGGACUGGUCACCAACAGCUGCACGGGCUGGGUCCCCGGCAAGGGGGCGGAUGGAGGAGAAACAACUUGGAAGCAGCAUGGGGGGUCAAAAUAGGGAAAUAUUAGAUGGGGUUUUAACCCUGAGAGGAGAAUUGUUCGUUGUGCAUGGCUGUAAUAAAGUAUUGACCUAUGCUGAGGGAAGUGACAAGGGUUAGAAAUAUAUCUCUGCUGUAGGAGUGUUUGGUUUCUUACCUUCCAAAGCACUUGGCAUCCUCUGCGGGAGGCGUUACAGCCAUUAAAUGGACACCUGACCUGCUCUGCUCUGUCGAGCAGCUUCCCUUACCGCUGCUUUGCUUUACAAACACAGGGAUUUCCCGCAGUGUCUCCGCUUCUGCUGAAGUUUUUUGUCACAGUUUGGGUCGAAGUUGUGCUGUGUUUAAACCAGAUGCACGUUGCCCUUUCCACUUGCUCCGUGUCCACAUUCAGAUCCCAGCCCUGGAACAUUCUGCCCUCAUUGAACUAAUUCUGUGCUGAGGGAACAAUCUACAGAGCAGAGCUGGUGGACAUGUAAGGAUGAAAGUAAUAUAGAUCUCAACCAGUUUUUAUGGAAUACUACAGGUAUUUCAUAUUUCAGUGUUCCCACGUGUGGGGUUGCAGAAACUUUACUCAUAUCUAUUCAGUUGUCACUGCUUAUUAACAACGCACUCAAUGGGAGUAAUUGGUUGUCGGUAUAGGGACUUUAAGUGCACGCCUGUGCUGGGGAAUGUGCUGCGGGGUUACAGUGGGACCUUAGGGAAGGUGAUGGGACCGUGUGCACUCCCCACACUGCAGCAAACAGCCGCAUUGCCCUUUUCGCGGGUUAGCAAACAGCGGAGCAGAGCCCGUGGGCUCCCGGGUGUCCCCCUGUGGGUUAAACCCCGUGGGAUCUCACUGAGAACAGUGCGAUUUUAACGUUCUGCAGCAAACUCUGUUAGAAGGAAGGGAAGGGAGCAAUCUGUAAUGGCAUAGCAGCAAUUCCUUCCUUCUGUUUUGUUGGCCUCUGUAGCCGUGCCAGCGCAUAUUCCAGCCAGUCUUUGCUAAAAUAAAAAUUAAUAUCAUUUGCAGGCAGGUUUCCAUAUGAACAGAAACAAAGACUCAGCAGCACGAAGCUUCGUGUCCUAAGGAAAUCUCUUCUCUUCUAAAAUUCUGAAUAAAUCCAUAGAAGUGAUAGUGUCAUACAAAGAUAAACAGCUUUAUUGUGUUGAAAACAACUGAAGAAGUUUGGGCUUUUCAAAGAGUUGGGAGGAGAAUCAAGGAAAUGCCAAGGAAAUGGUAAGUGAGCAAACCGCCGUGAAUCAAACCAGCGGUGAUGAGCUCGGUCGGGCUGGUUCUAUAUUAAUAGUCAGGGUGAACCUGGGGGAGGAAGGAAAUGUGGGGUGAGUCAGGGGACCGGCCUCUUCCUUUCCAUCAGUGCUGACGGGGAAAUGUGGAUUAUUAGAGCUGGGCUUGGUAUGUGAGGUCUGGAAGCUGGGGAGUGCGGGGUGGGUUAUUGGUGGGGCCGCGGGGUGGGUUAUUGGUGGGGCCGCGGGGUGGGUUAUUGCUUCACCUGGGGCUUGGGGCACCUGUCUCAAGACUGGACCCGUCUGCAUUUGUUUCCUGGUUGUUUGUGUUCUGAAACUUGAUUUUCUUUUGUAAUAGCUGGACAAUAGUCUCAAUCAGCCAUAUUCGUUCCUGUCCUGAUAAUUAAUGCUCAGGAUAGACAACACAGCAAGCCCUUUAUACCUGCUAGACCAAGAUGGUUUUUCUCUUGUUCCCUUCACUCUGAAUGGUUUUAUUUGCAUCACUGCCACGCUACCAGGCAGGUUUACUUUGCAGUACAGGACGCACAGGCCUGCGGGCUCUGCGUUGCCACGAGGAUUGGGCAGGAUCUGCGGGAGCCACGUGUCUCUCCGCAAUUCACACGCGCUGGACUCGGGAGGCAGGAAAACUCCUUUGUUUUCUGUUCCGCUGGAGUUACUGAAGCUCAAGCCCCCCGUCUAGCUUGGGAGUAGCUGUACAGGGAUUGCUGGCGAGGAGGGGAUCUCCUGCUCCAACUGGGUUCUUCAGACCUCUUACAACUAUAUUGCUGUUACACUUCCUGAUGACUUGCCCGAGAUAGGGAGCUGAAGUCACUGUUAUUGUACUUUAUUGCUUAGCGGCUUUUUCUCAAGGCUGUGGACUUUAAUUACACUUUGCAGGUGCAGCCGAAAGGCUGGUCUGACGGCAGCUAAACCUGCGAGCCCUGCCUGAAGCUAAUACGCACACAGGCUGCUUUGCAGCUCAGCCUAGCUAGGUUUGCCUGGUUCUGAGCAUAGUCACACGUUUGUGUAUUUUUAUCAGUGAUAAAUGGCUCUCUUGCUUAAUUAGAUACAUGCUGAAGCCUUCGCUAAUUGCUGACAUACUUCAUGGGUCUUUGUGCACGCACCGGACUCCAGGUCUCAUCCAAAGCCUGGCUGUGGUACCCGGUGAUGCGCACCUGGCAGCAUCCAUAGGGCUCCUGGCACAAAGUGAUAUAUGUUUGUAUUUUGUGCAAAAAAUAUUUGUACAACAAUAUUUAAAUAGAAAAGCAAAAUUUAUCAUAUUGUUUGUUUUAAGCAGGAAACACUAAAGGAUUUUGUUUUCUAUACAUCUUCCUAUGCUGAGUGUCUGAGCCAUUUGCGAAGCUGGUGUGGCUGCGUGUUGUGUUAGGAGCGAGUCCAGUCUUUCUGGAAGCCUUCUAUAUGCAGAGCAGUUGUUGAAGUAGAUCUUAAAAUGAAGUAAAUCACGGUAAUAUGUGUUAGUGCUUUUCCCUGGCUGCAGCUUGCCCUUGUUCUGUCAGCUAAUUUCCUGCAAAAAGGCGGUGUUUGGGGUUAGCACGCUGUUAUCCGUGGGCUUGCGUAGGGUGAUUGGAAUGAAUUGGAAUAACGUUGGUCUGGGGGAGAGAAAGCAGUUCUGGGAGUGAUGCUGCAGUUAUUUGAAGUAAUGGUUCUUUUUUGUAAUAAACAGUGACAUUAUGUGUGGAGAUCAUUUUAGCUGAUGCAUUGGUUCUUUUAGAUGCAGUUAGAGCUUCAUUGCUGUUUAACUUUUGUGUUUUUUUGCUUUAGAACCAAUCUGCUUUACAGUGGAGAGUGGAAGGCGAUGACACUUUGACUCUUGCCUGCGUAUCCACGUUGAUACCCCCACAUACAGAACGUAUGUGCACUGGGAGGAGAAACAGACCCCAAUACUCCUUUUGAGUAUGUGUUUUUUUUGAUAGAAAUAACAAUACUGUAGAAUAACCAUCUCUGCCGUGUUUACCGCAUAUGACAGCGGGAGGCUUUAGGAGCACCUCUGCAUUUCUGCUUCGGAGGGUCUUGGGGAAAUCCGACCCGAGAAGCCCAGCGCACGUGGAGCUCAGAGCGCAGCUCAGGUGCUGCUCAGUCGAGUUACUGAUUUACCUUGAUAAGAGGGAACCAAUCACAUCAGCAGCACUGGGGUCCAGAGUACUAAUGAAGGGAAAUACCAUGACUUCACCAUGUGUUUUGAAACUGUGAGAGUGAGACGCCUAUAGCAUUGUCGUGAACAUAAACCCAGCCACUUGGCAGUUUCCUCGCAAGGACAAAUGUAGUAUUUGCAGGCAUAGCGAUGCUUCUGAGGGUUUCUUGUCUUCAGAUUGCUUCUAAUAGUUGUUGUAAGUUAUUUGCUAGAUAAUCAGGUUGUAAUUCUUAAUUAUAGAGGGGAGCGGCACCAUUGUCUUUCUGUGGACAGGGUUAGAGACCGACUGGUUUGGUCAAGAGUACUUGUGGAAACACAAGUAAGAUCCUCUGUUGAAGGUGACUCUGGAAUCAAAGCUUAGGAAACCAAGGUUCUUACAGUAAGUUAUCUGCUGUCUUCAAGUGUUGGCUUUGAGCGUUUUGAUUCUGGACGCGACUUUUAACAACGCUUUAUUUCUGUUCCGAGUGCUCUAGCAGCUGCAGACAUCAGGAUUUGAUGCAGUUUGUCUGAGACGUGUCGAGCGUCAACCCAAGAGGCAGCAGCGCGGUGGUUUUUGACGGGACGAUGCAGGAAGGUUGUGAAGGUGCACACAGUUGGUUUAUCAGGCAGGUUCUUUUGUUUAUUCAGCCUUUUUUUUUCCUAAUUCAGUCCUGAGCAGAUGAACUGGGCUGAGAAGCGGGUGAGAGAUCAGGGCUCGGCAUUAAGCAGAAAUAAUUGACUUUUCCAUUCCCUCCACAUGCACCUGCGUGAGGUUAGGUUUUCAUUCUUGUCACUUGCUCCAUAGUUCUGAGUGGCUUGAAUUUCUGGUGGGGGGCAGAGGAGAAGGGGGCACAGUCUUGUUCCUACAUUAAACCGACCAAUUUGUCUGCAGGGCUACGCGCAGGCUGCGAAAUUAAGAAGUUCAAGGCAAAUACUAAGUGGCUGCAGAGUGUCUUUGUUUUGUUGGGAAGACACUUAAAGUCUGGGUGGCACGUCUGUUUCCUCCUCCCUGCAGCUCGUUCUGGAACUAAUCGUGAUUCUAGUGAAACCUCACUGGAACGUUCAGUAAAGGCGUUUCAAACACCUACCUGGAAACUGAAAGCAGCUUCUGCCAUUCACUGCCUUUAUUAAAAAAAGACAUUUAAAAAUUGUGGUGUGCUAAAACAGUAGUUGCCAGUCUCUGUUGUAUCUGCAAUAGGAAGCUGUGGCAGCAAACACUUGACAACAUGGAGUUACUUGGCGUUGCCGCCGCCACGUGCCCUGUGAGAUCGCUGCCUCCGCUAAUGCGGCUGUUGUUCUGCCCUCGACAUGAGGAGUGAGGCGAGUGCAGAGAUCAGAGGGGAAGUGCAUAUAUAGAAAAGGGUUGGUUUGAGUCCCUUUCUUCUGCCCAAAUUCAUCAUUUGGUUUUUAGGAGCCAGAAAUUCAGGCUCGAAAAUGCAGCUCUGUGAGCGGGGUGACCUCUGGCCCCACUCAGGGCUCCAGCUGAGGCUGAAGAUAUUUUUGCAAACAGAAGGUUUUCUUAAGAACUGAUGUCCUUUUCCUCAUCUAUCCGUUAAAGCUUCUCUUUGCAAAUAGACUAAUGCUACUUGGUGCAGCUGACGGCUGUAAAGUACAGAGGCGUUUUUGUCAGUUCCUGGAAGAACCUGACGUUUGUUUGCCUGCCCUUCAUCUCGGCUGCUGUGAAACCACGUAGGUUCGGUGGAAUCAACAGCGGGGUUGUUUGGAGGAGUCACCGUCCCCAGCUUUCAGGAGGCUGGUUUUUAUAGCACGUCCAUAGGAAGCGCCUCCGCUCCAGCCUUUCGCCACGCAGGAGACAGACUGAAGAUGUAGGCAGCUGGAGGAUCUGAAAGCAAUGAAGAGGUGUGCUGAGCCCGAUGGUGUUCCUUACAGUACACCUUUUCUGGGAAAGGCGUAAGAUAAACAGGAGGUGAUUGUGGCGAGCAGAGGAGCUGCUGCUGCAGACCAAGAUCAUCCAGGGAGAAGAUCACUGCAAAAAGGUCCCCAGGCGCCAUCCGCCAGCGGCUGAUGAGGCUGCAGCAGCGCAGGUGUUGCCAUGAGGAUCAGGGGGUGUCCUGUCUGCUUUGCCACUUGCCUUUUGGUCCUGCUGGGUCAGCACCAGAGAGAGCCCAAUAUACAGGUGGCGCACGUAUUUUAAGGAAGCUGAGACGGUUUUUGUACAUACAUGCAUCUGCGUAAGCGUGCUCCAAGUCCAGGAGCCUCUGUGGCACUGUGUGGACAUAAGGACUGUUACACGUGUGGGGUUAGACUCUGCUUUUUGAGAGAUGAUUCUCCGAAGAGGUUUUAUUCUGUUUCUCCCCCGACUUGCAGGCGUGCUGGUGGUGGCGUGUUGCUCGGUGUCCAUUGUUUACAUGUUGGCUUGCACACCCAAGGGUAACAGCCAGCAGCUGGCCUUGCCCAGGGCGCACAGUCCGACCGCCAAGGAGGGAUACGAAGCCAUUCUGCAAGAGCGGGAGGAGCAGCACCGCAACUACAUCGUCAGCUUGAAGAAGCAAAUCGCCCAGCUGAAGGCUGAGCUCCAGGACAGGAGCGAGAAGCUGAAGAACGUGCAGGACCAGUUCCCGGGCCCCUCGGACACACGGCUGGACCACAGUAGCCUGGAGAAGGCCCAGACUAACCUGCUGGCCUUCCUCCAUGCCCAGAUCGACAGAGCAGAGGUGCACAGCGGCGUGAAGCUGGCCACGGAGUACGCGGCCGUGCCCUUCGAGAGCUUUACCCUGCAGAAGAUUUACCAGCUGGAGACGGGGCUGACACGCCACCCAGAAGAGAAACCUGUCAGGAAAGAUAAGCGAGACGAGUUGGUUGAGGUGAUCGAGUUAGCCGUGGGGAGUUUGAACCAUCCGGAGGGGGACGGCAAUGCCAAACACCGCGUGUAUGCAGCCUCCGACUUCGUGGAAGGGAUCUACCGCACGGAGAAAGACAAAGGCACGUUGUACGAGCUGACUUUCAAAGGAGACGCGAAGCAUCAGUUCAAGAAGGUUGUUUUAUUCCGGCCAUUCGGCCCUGUGAUGAAGGUGAAAAGUGAAAGCGUCGAUAUGGCUGACACGCUGAUUAACGUCAUUGUGCCGCUGGCCAAGAGAGCCAGCAAAUUUCGGCAAUUCAUGCAGAAUUUCAGGGAAAUGGGCAUUCAGCAGGACGGGAGAAUUCACCUCACCGUGGUUUAUUUUGGAAAAGAACAAAUGAGUGAAGUCAAAUCUAUACUUGAAAAUACCUCCAAGUCAGCCAACUUCAAGAACUUCACCUUCGUCCAGCUGAACGAAGAAUUCUCCAGGGGCAAAGGAUUAGAUGUUGGUGCUCGAGUCUGGAAAGGAAGCAACGUCGUUCUCUUUUUUUGUGAUGUGGACAUAUACUUCACCGCCGAGUUCCUGAACUCCUGCAGGCUGAACACACAGCCAGGGAAGAAGGUGUUUUAUCCCAUUCUCUUCAGCCAGUAUAACCCCAGUAUCAUUUAUAGCCACCAUGACUCCAUCCCACCUUUAGAACAGCAGCUGGUUAUUAAAAAAGAAACUGGAUUUUGGAGAGACUUUGGGUUUGGGAUGACUUGCCAGUACAGAUCAGAUUUUAUCAACAUAGGUGGCUUCGAUCUGGACAUCAAAGGCUGGGGCGGCGAAGACGUGCAUCUGUACCGCAAAUACCUUCACAGCAACCUGCUGGUGGUGCGCACGCCGGUCAGGGGCCUGUUCCACCUGUGGCACGAGAAGCGCUGCCCGGCCGCGCUGAGCCCCGAGCAGUACCGCAUGUGCCUGCAGUCCAAGGCCAUGAACGAGGCGUCCCACGGCCAGCUCGGCAUGCUGCUGUUCCGGCGCGACAUGGAGACGCACCUGCGCAGGCAGAGGCUGGGCAGCAAGAAGACGUGAAGCCAGCAAGGGGACGCAAAAAAACCCUCUCUGGAUUGGACUAUUGGGUGUUUAGGAAAGGAGUUGCUAAGGAGAAAAGAUAAGAGGAGACUGAAAGAGGAUGGAGGUGAAAGAACACGAGGGAAUGUGCUUGAUGUGCUCGUCCUCUGUUCCUGUUUUUCAUAGUAGGGCUUUUCACAAAAUCACCGAAUGUCAGUGGUUGAAGGGCCCUGGAAAGCUCAUCCAGUGCAAUCCCCCCAUGGAGCAGGAACACCCAGAUGAGGUUACACAGGAAGGUGUCCAGGCGGGUUGGAAUGUCUGGUUUCAGUUCUGCGUUAGCCGGGCUGUCCAGCACUUGCUGCUGGAGAGACUUGAACACUUGAUGAGAUUCGGGGUUGCGGAGACAAUGAACGUUACACAAAUGUGGUGUCCGCAGUAACAGCUGGGUGUGCUUUGCUGGAGAAAUGUUUGAGAGAUGUGAGCAGUUAUUUAAAGGAUUGAGCCUUUAGUGGGCAAAUAAUGAGUUACUUUCUACAUCUAACCUGAUGUGUCUAAAAAGGGCUGUUUUUCUAUAAGUGCAGAGUUCCUGCUCUGAGAAGGAAACGUGAUUGUUCAUGGUGGUUAAGCUGGAGUGGCCAAAGACGUUUUUCCGUGCCGGGGCAGGGGGCAGCAGCAGGUGCGCUAAUGGGGUGUUCCUGCUUCCUUCCGAGACAAGAGGCGUCUCAAAGUGCUUUCUAAAAUUCCAGAAGAGAAGACGUUACCAGUCAAGUGUGGUGAUGCAGAAGUGCUGUAAGGUGGUUGAACAAAUGCUUGUUCUUUCUGGGGAAAGAGCACCAAAAGCAAAGAGCCGUGUCUGCAGCACAGGAAUCACUGUUUGUCUCUGCUUUGCAAUGCCGUCAGUAUCUCAAGAUUUAUUUUUAAAUGAAGUUGGUUUUGCUUAGGGAUUAUUUUGUCAUACGUCAGGUUUUGUACUUCUAGCCUUACCAGGAAACAGCGCAGCCUUCCGAAGUGUGGGAAGGGCCCCGCAGAUGGGUGUUCGUGGGGACGGGAGCUGCUUCAGACGAGUGAAGUGAGUGUUGUGCACAGCCGGGCGCUGGAAGCGGAGCCGCGUUACCCCGCCGCGCAGAGGGAACGCAUCGCGGCCUGGGUGCCGAUUCAACAGCAGCACGUCAGCUACCAGAGCUCGCUGGCUUCAUACCAAAGUAUUCCUUCACAACCAAACCCAGAGCAUAGCAACCUUCUUGUAAUUAACGAAAUAAAUCUUUGAUGGAUUUCUGGA